AUGGCACAAGCCGCCAAGCAGCUCCGAAAGACCAAGGACCUUGCAGAGGCCGCCGCCGCGGAGCAGAGGGAGAAGGAGGAGGAAAAGUUAAAAAAGAGGAAUAAAUCCAGGGACCGCAGGCGCAAGGCGGAUGCAUCCACCAGCUUCCUGCGUGCAGCUCGUUCGGGAAACCUGGACAAGGCUCAUGAUCAUCUCAAGAACGGACUGGACAUCAACAUAUCUAAUCAAAAUGGUCUCAACGGGUUACACCUGGCUUCUAAAGAAGGUCACGUCAAAAUGGUUCUGUCGCUGCUCCACGCCGGCAUUGAGCUGGAAGCCACCACUAAGAAAGGGAACACUGCUCUCCAUAUUGCAGCGCUGGCGGGGCAGGAGAGAGUGGUGGCUGAGCUCGUCAACUAUGGUGCCAACGUUAAUGCCCAGUCUCUGAAAGGGUUCAGUCCUCUCUACAUGGCAGCGCAGGAGAAUCACUUAGAGGUCGUCAAGUUCCUGCUCGAGAACGGAGCCAAUCAGAGUCUUCCGACCGAGGACGGCUUCACUCCACUGGCCGUCGCCCUCCAGCAGGGCCACGAAAACGUUGUGGCGCUGCUCAUCAACUACGGCACCAAGGGCAAAGUCCGGCUUCCCGCACUGCACAUCGCCGCUCGGAACGACGACACGCGGACCGCCGCAGUUCUCCUACAGAACGAUCCCAAUGCAGAUGUACUCAGCAAGACUGGUUUCACACCUCUCCAUAUCGCAGCCCACUAUGAGAACAUGAGCGUAGCCCAGCUGCUGCUGAACAGAGGAGCCAACGUAAACUUCACACCCAAGAAUGGCAUCACACCCCUCCAUAUAGCUGCCAGGAGGGGAAACGUGAUGAUGGUCAGACUGCUGCUGGACAGAGGAGCACAGAUUGAUGCCAUAACAAAGGAUGAGCUGACUCCUCUCCACUGUGCAGCCAGGAAUGGUCACGCACGCAUUAUUGAGCUCCUGCUGGAACAUGGUGCUCCCAUCCAGGCUAAAACCAAGAACGGUCUGUCCCCCAUCCACAUGUCCGCUCAGGGGGACCACAUGGAAUGUGUCAGGCAGCUGCUGCAAUACAGCGCCGAGAUUGAUGACAUCACGCUGGACCAUUUAACCCCUCUUCAUGUAGCAGCCCACUGUGGUCACCACCGCAUGGCCAAAGUCCUACUGGACAAGGGGGCCAAAGCCAAUUCACGUGCUCUGAAUGGCUUCACACCUCUCCACAUUGCUUGCAAGAAGAACCACAUGAGGUCCAUGGACCUGCUGCUGAAGCACUCCGCCUCCUUAGAAGCUGUAACAGAGUCUGGUCUCACUCCUCUUCAUGUAGCAGCUUUCAUGGGUCAUCUGAACAUCGUGAAGAACCUGCUCCAAAGAGGAGCUUCACCUAAUGCUUCCAAUGUGAAAGUGGAGACUCCCCUGCACAUGGCCUCCAGAGCAGGACACUGUGAAGUCGCUCAGUUUCUGCUGCAGAACUCAGCGCAGGUCGAUGCGAAGGCUAAGGACGAUCAGACGCCUCUACACUGUGCCGCCCGCAUGGGCCACAAGGAGCUCGUCAAGCUGCUGCUGGAGCACAACUCCAACCCCGACUCGGCUACAUCUGCAGGCCACACUCCUUUACACAUCGCUGCACGCGAAGGACACGUGCACACCAUUCGAAUACUGCUGGAUGCUGGAGCGCAGCAAAUCAAGAUGACGAAGCAGAAGGGCUUCACUCCUCUCCAUGUGGCCUCGAAGUAUGGAAAGACGGACGUGGCAGAACUCCUUCUGGAGAGAGGAUCCAACCCCAACGCAGCCGGCAAGAACGGUCUGGCACCCCUUCAUGUGGCCGUCCAUCACAACAACCUGGAUGUGGUGAGACUUCUGGUCAGCAAGGGAGGAUCUGCACACAGCACAGCUCGAAACGGCUACACUCCCUUGCACAUAGCCGCCAAGCAGAACCAGAUGGAGGUGGCCAGUUGUCUGCUGCAGAACGGAGCUUCGCCAAACUGCGAGUCGCUCCAAGGCAUCACGCCCCUGCACCUGGCCGCACAGGAGGGGCGGCCGGACAUCGUGGCUCUGCUCAUCGCCAAGCAGGCCAACGUGAAUCUGGGGAACAAGAGUGGACUGACCCCUCUGCACCUCGUGGCUCAGGAAGGUCACAUGGGCAUCGCCGACACGCUGGUGAAACAGGGAUCGUCCGUUUACGCUGCUUCACGGAUGGGCUACACACCCCUUCAUGUGGCCUGUCACUAUGGCAACAUCAAGAUGGUGAAGUUCCUCCUGCAGCAGCAGGCUCAUGUGAACGCCAAGACAAGGAUGGGCUACACCCCUCUCCACCAGGCGGCUCAGCAGGGCCACACCGACAUCGUCACCCUGCUGUUGAAAACCGGAGCUGAGCCGAAUGAGAUCACUUCGAACGGGACGUCUCCCCUGGGCAUCGCCAAGCGGCUCGGUUACAUCUCCGUCAUCGACGUGUUGAAGCUGGUUACCGAGGAGUCCGUCUCUGCGAUCACGACAGAGAAGCAUCGGAUGAGUUUUCCUGAGACAGUGGAUGAGAUAUUGGAUGUCUCAGAGGAUGAAGGGGUUGCCCAGCUAACGUUAGGAGACGAGUUGCUCGGGAUGGACGGCGCUCGCUACUUGAAGCUUGAUGACUUCAAGGACCAGGACGAUGACUUCCUCUCGCCGAAGAAGACUAUGAGAGACUUUGAGGGAGGCUUGGGAACCACGCCGUAUUCUCCUGCUAUCCCCAGAAUCCCUUGUGUGUCGCCAGAGACAGUUAUGUUGGAGCACACUCCCGUCCCGCUGCCAAAGGAGUACGAUGACGACUCUCUCAUCCCGAGCAGUCCCGCUACAGAGACCUCAGACAAUGUCAGCCCUGUGGCCAGCCCCAUUCACACGGGCUUCCUGGUGAGUUUCAUGGUGGAUGCUCGGGGGGGCUCCAUGCGCGGCAGCAGGCACCACGGCCUCAGGGUCAUCAUCCCGCCUCGGACCUGCGCCGCGCCCACACGCAUCACGUGUCGUCUGGUCAAACCGCAGAAACUGACCACGCCUCCUCCACUGGUGGAAGGGGAGGGGCUGGCGAGCCGCAUCAUCUCCCUGGGACCGUCCAGUAUGCAGUUCCUUGGGCCUGUUAUCGUGGAGAUCCCACACUUUGCCUCCCUGGGUCACGGCGACCGAGAGCUGGUGGUGCUGCGCAGCGAGAACGGCUCCGUGUGGAAGGAGCAUCGCAAUCGCUAUGGCGACGAGGUGCUGGAAACUAUUCUGAACGGCAUGGAUGAAGACUUGGAGAGUCACGACGAGCUGGACAAGAAGAGAAUCCGCCGCAUCAUCUCCACCGACUUCCCUCUCUACUUCGCCGUGGUCUCCCGCAUUCAGCAGGAGAGCGACCUGAUUGGACCGGAGGGCGGCCGGCUCACCAGUAAGCUGGUGCCCCGGGUCGACGCCAUCUUCCCCGAGACGGCCGUCACCAAACGAGUGAGGCUGGGCCUGCAGGCGCAGCCAAUCCCUGAUGAGCUCCUGACACGGCAGCUUGGCAACCAGGCGACCUUCAGCCCGGUGGUGACCAUCGAACCGCGCCGACGCAAAUUCCACCGUCCAAUCGGGCUGCGCAUCCCACUGCCACCGUCCUGGAGGGAGAGUCCUCGGGACGCAGGGGAGGGGGACACCACCAGCCUGCGCCUCCUCUGCAGUGUCAUUGGUGGAACUGCACCAGCUCAGUGGGAGGACAUCACUGGGACCACUAAGCUGAUGUACGCUCAUAACUGUGCCAACUUCACCACCAACGUGUCUGCAAGGUUCUGGCUGGCAGACUGUCCUCGCACAGCGGAGGCCGUGACCUUUGCCAACCUGCUGUACCGGGAGUUAAUGUCCGUGCCGUACAUGGCCAAGUUUGUCAUUUUCGCCAAGAUGAACGAAGCGCGGGAGGGUCGCCUGCGCUGCUACUGCAUGACGGACGACAAGAUGGACAAGACGCUGGAGCUGCAUGAGAACUUCAGCGAAGUGGCUCGCAGUCGAGAUAUCGAGCUGAUGGAGGGCAUGCCGCUGCACCUGGAGUGCUCUGGGAACCUGGUGCCCAUCAGGAAGGCCACGCAGCAGCCGCGCAGCUUCAGCUUCCAGGCCUUCAGGGACAACCGGCUGCCCGUCUCUGUCAAGGUCAGAGACAGCAACAAGGAGGCUGCUGGCUUUUUAUCCUUUCUGCGGAAGUGCACCAAGUACGAGGACACGCAGCACGUUCUGUGUAACCUCAACAUCACCAUGCCACCUUGUGUCAAGGUUGUUGGGAGUGAGGAACGCAGGAGGACGUUAACCCCUCUCGCCCUGAGGGAGCGCUACAGUGCUCUGAACGAGCCAGGCCUGGCCACAGUGAAUGCCAUGGAGAGGACGGAAUUCAAAAUCAACAUCAUAUCUGAGCAGCUCGGUUUGAGUUGGGCAGAGUUGGCACGAGAGCUUCAGUUCGGCACGGACGACAUCAACCGGAUCCGUGUGGAGAAUCCCAACUCGCUGCUGGACCAGAGCUCGGCCUUGCUCAACCUGUGGGCGGGCAGGGAAGGCAAAAGGGCAAAGAUGGAGAGCCUGUACACCGCCCUGAAGAACAUCGACCGGGCGGAUAUCGUGACGUCCCUGGAGGGACAGGCCCAGCCGCCCGCGUCUUGCUUCCUGGACGAAGGCGCCUGUCGACUCAGCGACCGUGACUCCACUCUGCUGUCGCCCAGCGUCAGCAAUGAGAUCACGGACACAAGGCCGCCGCGCCUAGUGCACAAGCCUCGAGUUAUUAGACCCCCGUUUUUCAGAAGGGGUUACUUGCUGGUGCAGGAGGAGCUUCUGUCCCCGGCCUCCAUGAUGUACAACCUGCCCUCCCCACUGGGAGCGGAGCCCUACUGGCAGGAAGUGUCCAGCCUGGAGUGUGCCCCCAUAGCCACCACAGAGGAAGACACAUUAAUGGAGAUGUCAGAUGUUCAGGUGUGGCCAGCAGGGGUCAGCCCCUCUCUGGUUACGGUGGAGGACUCAUCGCUAGACGGCAGCAGUCGGGCUGACGACUCGGAGGGCACCACGCUGUCCCUCCCCUACAGCUUGGGUCGCCCGAGCAGUCGAGCCAGCGGGGCCAGCGGCUCCAUCAUGGAGCUGGAGGAGGAGGAGGAGCAGGAGGAGGAGGAUGAUGAGGAAGGGGAGGUUGAGGAGGAGGAGGAGGCGCCACAGGAGCCGGCGAGUGCACUGGCAGAAAGGGACAGGGUCAGGGCCAGUGGCGCCGUACCCAAGGUCAACCUGAACGGCCAGCUCGGAGGUCAGAGGUCGGAUGGGAGGAGAGGGGAGGUCCUGGCGGCAGGAGGAGGAGCAAAGGGAGGAGGUGAAAGGCUGGGUUCAGUGGAAGGGAUUUCUGUUGUUGCAGGCCAGCAGGUGUACGCCCAGCGGUGUGAGGUGUCGGAACUGAGUCGGGCCAACGAGCACAACGGAGACAACCGGAUGGUCGGGGGCGGAGCCUUUCAACCCUAUUUACCAGACAAGGACUCGCUGCAGGGCUGGGUCGGCUCAGUGACGUCGGGACGGGACGUCGGCGUGCGCGUGGCCCAGGAGGCGCUGCUGACUCCGGUGUGUGACACGGGUUACUCUCAUGUGCUGCGUGGGCGCCCCCUGCAGGGCACACGGCCCUAUGACAAGGGGCUGGGCUUCUCUCACCAGGAGGCGGGCCUACACAGGUUCCAGGUCAGGUUGCGUCGCAAACCAAGGGACGAGAAAGAGGACUAUGUACCUGAGGUUCAGUUUGCUGAUCAGCCCGCACAUGGGCUCGCUAGAAAAGUGGGGGUGGAUGUGAGAAAGGGUGCUCAGUCAGUGCAGCGCACCAGUCUGCGGAGAGUUAAACACUGA